AUUGCAUGCACUAGACAAACCUUCACGUGUUUCAAGUGCAUCUAUUAGCUACUUGGCGCUCUCCUGUCUUUAAUAGCGUAAUAUCAUCCAGCCUACGGACUCAUUCUGAUAAUCUACUGAUUGAUGAUGCAGUUAAACUAGCUAGCUGGUAGCAUAGAAGAUGGCAUUGCAAUACUUCUAGUCGGUUUAGUUGCACUAGAGCUGUUGGUAGAUACAGGCAGUAGUAUUGUUGCACUGAGGGCGCACGGGGAACGAUCAAAGGUCAUAUUGAUAGGAAGUGUAAUAAUGUUCUUCACGUGGGGAGGCUUAAUUAUGCUAGUAAUGAGGGCUAGUGUAUCGGCUGAACCCAUGAAGCCUUUUGAAUGCGUGGGAAAGGGGGAUAUCAACAGCACGGAGGCUGCUUUGAAAAGUUCAUUAUUUUGUAAUACAAACUAUAAUCCUCGGUACCGACCAGUCAAGUAUCAACAGGACCGCCUAGCAAUGUACAUUGGUGCUGAAGUGAUCAACGUAGAGCGAACGCGUCACGAAGAAGCAAGGCUGGAAGUAACAUUAGAACUGUUGAUGCAAUGGUAUGAUGAUUUUUUAAACUGGAAACGGUCCAGCCACAAUAUCGAAACCAUUAACGUGUCAGAACACAACCUGUGGACUCCAACGUUUGCGGUGAAAUCUUUUCAAAAAUCAACACGCGAUCAGAGUACAAAACAGUGUACUAACGUUAAAUGCCAUCUCAGCUAUGAUGGAGAAGUGAUCUAUACUGUUCUGUGCACAUUUCUAGUCGAUUGUUAUUCUGAAGCACGAUACUGGGCCUUUGAUACGAAGAUAUGCACGCUUCGAAUCUAUUCGUCUGAGUACGACACCAAUCAGCUGUCGCUGUUUCACUUUCAACGCCGUCUAUCCUAUCCUAGCUACCCCCUACUACCAUACAAAAUUACUUCGUUCCAAAUGGCCACAGUAAAUAGCACAAUGAGCCCUGAGUUUCGCAUGGACAUAGCCAUCGAACGGAUGGUUGGAUCACAUCUGGUAGUAUUUAUAGUGUUUAUUGUGCUACUUGUUUUGAUCAAUCUUCUUACUCCUUGGAUAUGGAUUACGUCGAGUGCCCGGGCGAUAACAUGCACAGUAACCGUUGUCUUGCACACUCUUUACAUGAUUCUCCUCUACUGGUACGGCUCAAUCAAAAUGAAGCCGGUCCUUACCCUUGCACACCUGCUACUUUGUUCAUUCCUUCUGGCAGUUUUUUUUACAGCCUGGACAUACUAUGCCAGGUUCCAAACUAAUCGGCCCGAGCCAAACAUUUUGCAGCGACGUGGACUAAUUCAUUUUAUGUGCGUGUUAAGAAAAAACCGCCUGUUUAGUAUGUUUCUAUCUAUUGGAUACUUCGAUCACAGCAACAAACAGAUCGAGGAGCUCUCAUGUGAAUGGGGCGACACGCGACGCGCCUACAACACUGGAAGAUAUUCGUCGAGUGUCACCCAAAUGACCGAUACUGAUACUCCACCAGCGAACACGGAUGGGAAUCAGCGGCGCAUGGAGUUGAAUUUACUAAUGCAAGCGUUCGAUCGUAUACUGUUUUGUAUCAUGUUAACUGCCUAUACAUUAUUACUUUUCGUUUAUGCUAUCUAAUUUCAAUUAGAACCCAUCGUGUUCAACGUAUACGUAGCGUAUGGUAGCAAGAGCGCAACACUAUUUAAUCAAUUAAUCAAUAACAUUAAAGAGUUUCCUCGAACAUAUAAGACCGUUGUUGUGUGUUUAGAAUGAAUAAAUUCCACAACCUAACAAUAAUGUUAGUAAUUUGCUAGUACAUUCCCGUCCGAAAUUAAUAUCAGUUUAGACGUCGCAGAAUUACACAAUACAAUAAAAACUAUUCAAUCUUUGUUUCAUACUUAUGUUUUAUAUGAUGCAUAGUCCACGAUUUAACUCGUUUAAUUUUAUUUCGGAUGAAGGAAAAAAUCAGACAUGAAUGUACAUGUAUACAUUCUAUUUUUACCAAUUUGUCCAGUUUUAAUGAUUUCUAUUUAAAAAAAAAACAAUUUAAUCUUCAAAUUGCACAGACUUAAUGGAAGAACAAAAAUGUAUUAUCUUUUUUCACACUAAUUUUAUCGUUUAGCAAACAUUACUCUUAAUUGAAUGCUGAUUGCUUCCGAUCCCUGGAAUCUCUGGAUGGAUAACGAACGCUUAAUUUGUAUGAACUACGCUACGCUAGGAGGGAAUAAGAUUUGCUGCGUGAUAAUUUAUGUAUCUCCAUAUUUCUGGACUUUUUCUACGCUUAUCGAUGAACACUUUCUUUAAUUCGUGCCUGUUACUCUACAAAUAGUGUAUGUAUAAGACAUAAACCAUUAAAACUUCAGUUAAUGUCCCGAUCGAAACGAAGACUAAAUUCUUUCAAUGGAACGAUUUAAAGGUAAACUGUUGAUUUUAAGCUCCGAUUUUGAUGAGUAUCUUUUGGAGAAAUAAAAAAAAAUCGUCAAUCGUCAAAAAUUUCCAGGCUAACUUUAUUAUUUGUAACAGUAAAAUUUAGCUGCUUUCUAUAACAUUUUUUUUAAAUAAAAAGAAACAAAUUACACAAUCAAUGGUAUCAACUAAUGUAUGUUAUCAAUAAAUUAAUGUAUUAAUGGUUAGUUCAAAACAUACAGCCAAUCCGUUCUGAUUAUGUUACAAAAAAAAAGGUUACCGCC